AACUGUCUUCUACUCAGUUUACAUCAAAUUUUUGUACAAAACAGAGCAAAGUUUGGUUAAAAACGUGUAAAUUGUGUAGUUUUUUUAAUACCUCUAAAUUUCGAAGGUUUCACUUCUAUUUUUGUUGAUAUGGAUCAGUUGAAUACCGAGGUAUCGUUGGUCGAUGGUCAGACGGAGCCCAAAGACCCAAGUACGGAGUCAACGACAACCCUGACGUUUCCUGGGGCAUCGGAAACCGAUUCCGGCUUCAGUUCGGCGGUUAGCAGCGAAACCUCCGUGCAGCCAGUGGCCACGCCCUGUGUGCUCCGCCUCCGAUUGGUGCAGCAGAGGCAGCCGAACGAACGGCACAUUGGCUUUCAUGCCGGCGUUAUCGAUAACGAGCACAUGAAUCGGCGCAAAUCGAAGUGCUGCUGCAUCUAUCGAAAGCCACAUCCUUUCGGCGAGAGCUCGUCCUCCACGGACGACGAGUGCGAACACUGUUUUGGCCAUCCCGAGGUGAGAGCUCGCAAUCGCCUGGAGAAGCAGCGAAGACAGGAGCAACAAAACGGGUGCAGCUGCUGUCGUCAUCACCACCAUCAUCAUUUACGCAGUAAUCGGAAUAAUCGACCGCCUAUCGAAGAGAUCGCGCCGCAUAAGGACAAUAAUCAGGCCGAUGAGGAGCAAAAAUCGGUAAUCAAAGCUGAAAGCACUUCAUAACUUUUAAACGAGAAGACUGUUAAAACAUCUAACCAUCCUCAGUGCAAACCAGGAAAAAAUAAUACAAAU